AUGAGCAGCGGAUCACGCUCACGGGUUACCCAAUGGUCAGCUCGACUGCACUCCUGCAUUCGCCAACUGCACGCAGGAGCAGGAGGUCAGUUAGGUCCCUCGGCAGGAUCAUUGGGACGUCAGAGCCAUGGAGAGAAGAUUUGGGUUUUCAGUCACCGAAGAUCAGAGCAGACAAUCUACUCGUUGGAAGAUAAGCUGGAUGGAUUUCACGCCUUGAAGCAGCUGCCCUUCAACGGCAAAAAGACGAAACCUGCCAAGCUUCGAAAAGAUUACUGGGCCCCAAUGGCCAUGAUACAGUUUCCUCAAGGACAAGGAGAAGUCGGCCGCUCGGUUUACCAGAAACUACGCGAGCUGAAGCACUUGCACGAGGUCGCUUGGCCCAAGGACUUCAGAUACAAGCGACCACAAGAGUUCACCGAAGCGGACAAGAAAAAGAUUGCCGAGGAGAAGGAAAAGGGUAGGGACUACAAGCCCGUUCGGACCAAGGCCGAGAGAGGCAUUGCUCUCAACGCGCAAAAGAAAAACGCCAUCGCAGAUAUGGCCACCGUACUAGGUGGCCACGGGAGCGGGAACAAGGUCGCAGCCUCCCCUGCGUCGCAUGAUGACCAGCCGGAGCUGGUACACGUCUCCAUAAGCUGGGCUAACGAUGAGGAUAAAAACUAUGCCGAGAGUUGGUCAACCAACGUCUCUCAUGAGCUACUCAACAAGCCCGUGUACAAUAAGUUGGACAGGGAGGGCGAGAGGGAGGGCGAGUCCGGCGCAUAA